CCGCCGGGCCGCACGUCGCGCGCCCUCGCCUCCAUCUACGACACUAUCUCCAAACUAAAUGAAGCUCCUCUCCUGUAAUCCAAAGAAACCCCCAAAUUACGCUUUCUCUAAAGUCUAUCCCGCGAAAUCAUUUCAAAACAUAAACCGCACGCGAAACUUUGCAUAGUAAGUUCAAGUAUUCGUAAUAGAAACUUGCUUAUAAUUUGUGCAUUUACAGUUUCGGUCGGCGACUAUCCCCCAAAUUAAAUCGAAUUGUUUACGAGAAACUGCAAUUUUUGUUACUCCGACAUGCUGCGAGAUGAAUAAUGACCUACUGGGCGAACAACGGGGACUACGACUCGUGUUAACCCAAGGUUUUUAUUUACAAUCUAAUUCGAGCUGAAAUGCACGAAAGCUGCUAAAAAUAGGCUGGGUUCGCGCGCUCGCGUCGCCCACUGCCGGCUCCGCUGCUACUCACACUAUUUCGGUCUAUCGACGAGAUAACCUAUGGGAAACAAAACGAUAGAGUGCCGUUUGGACAAUGAGAAAAGUGCGAAAAAAAUACGAUAGUCGCUAGACGACACUGAGUUCGGUGUUCGAGUGCUAAACACAUAUUGUGCUUCCAAAUACGUCGUGCACCCUCUCUGAAAAUGGCGCUUGUAAUGCUGCCAUGCGACCUUCCCUGGUGGACUUCAGUUCAGCGCCACCUGAAGCAUUUACUGGUAGCGUCUGCGCCCGGCAAACUGACUGGAAGCAUGUUAAAAAUUCAUGACAUGUGCAAUAUGGGAAUAGAUCCAGAUGAUGAUAUUAAGGAUCCAGAACUUCUGAAGGGUCUAGAACAGUUUCUGCUGGAAGAAAUGGCGGAGGAGGAGCGAAGAAACUUCAUCGACAACACAAUCCGGAUUAUGGUCAACAGAGCGUUGUCGUUGAAGAAGUGGCGACCGCCGAAAGGACUUAUUUUUAGCUUACAGCAACAAAGUGACGUGACCGAACUCAACUACAACUUUUUAUCCUCCCUAAUCGCCCACGCGUUUUUCUCUACUUUCCCAAAAAGAACUUUGAAAACUCACCCAACUUUGCAGGAUUUCAAUUUUUCGCAUUUUUUUAAGAAUUUACAUAGAAAGUCACAAAGAAAUAAGUUAAAAAGUUUACUCCAUUAUUUCGAAUGGCUAGAUAAAAAUAAUAUUGAAGGAAAUGUUAAAUUAAGUAGACAAGUAAUGACCUCCAAACAGUGGUUGACAAUAGAGGACUGGCUAGAGUGCACACUUCCGUUAUGUAAGCUGAUGGUCCGACACGAGGGCCGGCCUGAGAGGUGCGAGAACGACGACGCCAUUAGGAUCUGCUUCGCAUCGAGUCGGCUCGGCGGCGAGACACUCGUUGAUGGAGAUUCACAAGAAUCGUUAACAAUGUUCAUGAUGCCAGAACUGUUGCCAGUGAUGCUCUCCGUAGAAGCUUUAGAAGACAACGAAGUAUUAAAAGUGGAAGGUGUUAGAAUGUUCAGUAGAAUUAACGAUAGAAAGCAGAAGACUAAUACUAUAGAAUUACUCCAGGAGCCAAAAACGGUCACAGUAUGUCUUAUGGAUGCAGAAGACUAUAGUCGACUACCACUAAGCCAAUGGGAAGAGGACAAUGUUCUGCGAGAAUUGAACAAAUGCCUCCUCGCUUUCCAACAGACGCCUAUGAAAAGUCACGAAAACCAAAAGUUGGAGAGGCGGCUAUCACCAAUAGGUGAGUCCUUCAGUCAGAAUUCGCCAGAAGUAGAAGCAACGGUGAUGAUAAAGCAAGCGUCCUCGUGCAGUACCAUCAACAGCUACAACAGCCGAAGCCCUUCCCCUCAUCACUACAGCGCCGCUGCGUUGAACUUAAAUGACCCUAGUUUGGAAUUACAAAAGAAGAAGUGUUGGUUGUCGCCCGGAGCGGGGAUGCUCAACAAUCGUCGGGGAAAGUUUAUCGUAUUGGGCUCGUCCGGGGAAUGUCUUCCAGUAACGCGGGUCUCCGGACUCACAAACUUGGACCAGGAGGACAGCCUCUACUCCAGCUGCAACUCUAGCGACGACGAAUACCACAGCGCCAACGACAGCUUUGACUAUGGUAGUGAAGAUGAAGGCAGAGGGGAGAGUGGGCGACCGAAUUCAUUCCAAUACUCAAAAGAGUUGUCAACAGAAGAGAGAAGACUAAGCUUUGCCGAUAGACUAAAAGAGGCACUAAGAAGAGAAGCAGAAAACUCAUGCUCGACAAGCACCACGGGGGACUGGUCCACUGACAGCUCCAGCUACGCCGUCGGCAUCAGCAUUUCUGGAGCCGGUGUUAACGAUAACGAUAUAAGGGUCAAGCGAGGUGGUUCCGUCGGGUUCGUGCUCACCGAAAAGGAAAACAUGGAAAAUGGGAACUUAAGUCCAAAACGAACUUUAGCCAGGAAGGAAACCGGAAAUAGUUCCAAAUACAGCUUCAGCACUGAAUAUACGUCGGAGCUAGAAGAAGUAUACGAGCAAUUCAACAACUGGUUAAACGAACCCAUACAAGACAGCGACGCCAAUGAGAACAAAACCAAGGAGUUGGAUUCCCGCGACCUAGCUGUGAUAAGGUUCGCAGGAUCCCUCCUAAAACGAACCUUGAGCGAGUCCAUGGCGAGCGGGACGCCGGGCGUGGAGGCCGCGGAGCUAUACGGGCGAGACUCCAGGGAGCGGAUCGCGCCGCGCCGGCUCGCGCUCGCCGCCCGCUCGCUGUCCCUCGAGCUCGCCCGCCACAGGCACCGCCUCGCCGCCCACCUGAAACAUAAAGUAAAAGAGUCGAUUCCGGAGGAGGUGCUCAGAGGCGGCAGUGAAGGCACUGCCGAGUCGCUCGACUCCUCGACCGGGACUCGCUCCACUCAGCUAACGAACCCCGCCGUUAGAAAGAAAAAGCUCAAUUGGGUUGUAAAUAUGAUCGUAGAGACUAUCGAGGAGACGAUUGAGUGCGAGCCCGUCACGCUUAAAAUAAAGAAACCGAAGCUGAAUCAACUGGCCCACAAGAUAGUAUCUGGCGGUUCGUGUCGGCCUGUCGCUACCGGCAACUGGGGUUGCGGCAGUCGGCUGAAGGGUCAUCCCCAACUGAAGCUGCUGCUGCAGUGGCUGGCCGCCAGCGUCGCCGGCGUCCCCGCGCUCAUAUACUACACGUAUGGUAACGAGAAACUGUUCAAGCUGGACACACUGGUGCGAGUUUUAGUAGACAGAAAAUGGACGGUGGGUCAGCUCGCGCGAGCCAUGUUGAAGUUCGCGCGGCAGAAACUGCACGAGCCCCAAGUGUUACACGACAACCAGAGCCUUUUCGACGAACUCAUCGGCAUUGAGAAGAUACCAGAUGAUGAUUAGACGACUGAGACUAUAGAUGGGUAAACGCCUGGGCAUUUUGGACGCUUAUGGACUUUUAUCCAUCCAUAUAUAUGGGAAAAUGCCCAGGCGCUGUGGGCAUUAAUGGACAUUUCGCACGAGUCCAGUUGAGGCACAGUUGAGACGUUUUAAGUUUCUUUGAGAGCUAUUUUCUCUGUGAUUUUAAAUCUGCAAUCCGAUGUUAUUAAAUGCAGUCGUCUCGUUCUAUUUUAAAAAGCCGAUAAUAUUAUUGGUAAUAAUUGGCAAAUAUUUAAAAGCAAAAUCAUUUUAAAAAUCUGUUAAGGACUAUUUAAUUGCAAGUUAAGACGAUCAUAACUAUUUGUUUCGUUUUUUGAAUGGACCUCAUUGUCUUCUGUAUUGAAGAAAAUCAGUGCCUGGAAUUGUUCAAAACAAGUGGAUAUAAAAUAUCAAUACACUAGUCGCAACAAAGCUUUGUUUAUACGCUUUAGUGCGGGUGCGACUUAAUAUUAUGUAUGUACUUUGUAGAAUUUUAUAAAAUUACCCCCACUUAAGGAGUAGGGUACUUUAUGAUUUAGUCAUUGGCUGUGUUUGGCAGAAAAAUGCACCUUUGAAUAAGCACUUAUAAGCUCUCAGAAUUCAGGAGUCAGUAGGCCUACAACGAAACCAUUUUGAGACUCAAACAAUCGAACGAGAAUGCCGCGUCCUACU